GGCGGAGGAGCUGGAGUGUUUCAGAAGCAAUCCCUGGCGCCUGCGGCAGCCCACCACCCGUCACCUCACUGCUCUCUUCUGCCUCCCCUGCUCCGGUUUUGAUGCGCUGCACGCCAAAACGAGAGAGAGGAGAAAUGCACUGCUCACGCUGCUCGAGAGGCAUUGAGCAGCGGGGGGCACAGUGACGCAGUGCCAUUUUACUGCGCCUCGUCUCUUCCCCUCCAGCGUUGCGGUUGAGAGGGAAGCCGCAAGAGGGACAUAGAGAGAGAGGGGGGCGAGGAAGGGAAGGGAGCAGCAACGGAGCAGCUGAUCAGGGACUGACGCGUCACGCGCGCGCGCGAGAAUGCUGCUCAGGAGGGUGGCGGCGGCCGACGACGGCUCCGGCGCGGGCGUAGGGAGGCCGCGGCUCUUCGCCGUGCCCAGGCUGCUGGUCGGGCUCGGGGCCGGGGCGCCCAGGUGCGGGGGCGCAACGCCGGACUGCGACUCGCCGACGGCGGCGCGCAGCCCGACGUCGCCGCUCGACCUCAGGCCACCAUUCGCCGCGCUCGGCGGCGGCGGCGGCGGCUCGCUGCUCCGCUCGCCGCGCUCGCCGAGGGCCAGGAGCUGGGACUCGCACCGCCUCGGCCUCGGUGGCCUCGUCGACGACGCCCUCGCCCUCGCCGAGCCCGCCGGGGGCGGCGCCAGCAGGAACCCCCUGCUCGGCCUCGGCGCCGCCCAGGCGCGGCAGCAGCCGUUCAAGCUGCUGCCGCAGUGCCUCGCUACCCGGCCGAGAGACUGCGCCCACGCGUCUCCGGUGCUCGGGAAUGUGGGGACUGCCGUCGCUAGCUACAAGCCGGUGCCGUGCAGCAGGUCCUACGGGGAUGUGAAGUCUGGUCCAGAGGGGGUCACCGUGCCCGGCGCCGCCGCUCCGCCUGGCGCGAGCAGCCACCCUGCCGAUCUUGGCAAGUUCCCCGCGGCGGGGUCCCUGCCGGCGUCCAUCGGCGGCGGCCCGCGCCGGUACGUCGGGUCCGUGUCCGCGACGGAGGUGGAGCAGUCGGAGGACUACACCUGCAUCAUCGCGCACGGCCCGAACCCGAAGACCACUCGCAUCUUUGGGGACUGCAUCUUGGAGCCCUGCACUCUCGGUGACGGCGUGGACGCCAUGGAAGUCAAGGAAGGAGCAGAGUCCUACUGGCUGGUCAAGUGCUUCGAUGACGGCGAGCCUGGCGAGGAGUUCUUGAGCUCCUGCGUCUCUUGCAAGAAGAAGCUGGAUGGCAAUGACUCCUGCAUUUAUCGUGGUGAGAAGGCAUUCUGCAGUAGGAACUGCAGGGAUCAGGAAGUCCUUACUGAAGAGGAAGAGAACAUCACAACAACUGUGUCCCCCCUCAGCUCGGCUGGCUCAUCAUCUUCCUUCAACGAUGACAUAUUCAUGGCUGAGAUGGUUGUGCUGGCUGCACCAGUUGACGUCCACUACCCCUGAAUCCGGCGCUGUGCUCCGCGAGCCAGGGUAGCUGAUCAAUAAUGUCAAUUGUUGCAGUUUUCACCACCGCAGCCAUCGGUUUGCUGGUUUUGUAAGUUAUAUUCCAGCAUUUGGACAUUCGGUGGCAUUGGUCAUUUUAUUAGAACUGAGGCUCCAUCUAGAAUUUGCCGAGAAGAUCUGAUCUCUCGGCCUUUAGAACGGAGAGCUUGCCUGCCUUUAGCAUUGUAAUUUUGGCCCUGAGGCUAUUGGCUAUGCAAGUUCCCCAAUUUUCAUUCUAUUUCUUCUUUGGUUUCUUCCUGAGCAGCAAUGACGAUGUUUUGCGAGCUGUAAGUUGCAACAACAUUUUUUUGAUAAUGGCAUUGAGCUGCUUUGCGAAA